UUCAGUAAAUUUCAGGCGACGUAUAUUGCGUGAGCCGUGCACCCGCGACAGAAAAUGUGCAGAAAGAAACAACGGGAAGUCGCAAAAAUACUCAGGUUUUGUGCAGUUCAGUGUUUGCAAUUCGAAGGGCCAAGGGAUAGAUCUGAUUUUGCAGCCAGGCCUAGAUUCUGACCAUGGCCUUCUCUUUCAAGCAUGGGGCGGACAAGGGCCCCAUCAAACCCAGCUUUCAGGAUAAGAUGAAGAGCUUGAGCGAUCAGGAACGUAUGCUGCUCCAGAAGAGACAGGAGAUCGAGAGGAAGAUGGCUCAGAAGAAGAAAGAGGCAGCAGCAGCGGCUGCCGCACAAGCUGCUGCUGCUGGAGCUAAACCCAAGACUUCUCCUGGUGGCGCUACUUCAGCGUUGGCUAGAUUCAACCAAUCGCGGAAGACCCCAGUCGCAUCCACGUCCAGUGCCGCUCAGGCCAAACCCCCACCGGCCGCACCCAGCCCUGUUCAGAAUACAUUCUCAAACGACGGCAGCUUCAUGGCUCACUUCAUGAAGAUGCAGCAAGAGCAACAGAGGAAGAAGGCCGCCGAAUCAUCGGCAGCGCUUGCCCAGCAGCCCCCACCGCCACCCCGAGACUUCACCCAUGCCAUGCUGCUGCAGGAGGCCCAGCAAGGCUUCUCCCCAUCUCUUGGAAUGCAGAUGAGACACUUUGCAGAAGAGAAGGCAGCAGAAAUAGAGAAAAUACCCUUGCCACCUCCCCCUGAAGUAGCAGUGCCCUUUCCCCCCAGCAAAGCCAGAUCACCAACCAGCCCCGUACCCCUAAACAGACCAAGCACCUCUGCUGUCCGGGCCAAGAUCAGGGAGCAAAGGGAGAGACAGAUAGCAAACGUCUUUGGAAACUCUAGCGACUCUGAAGAGGAAGACGAAGGACAUGGCUCAGCAGGAAAGGGGGUGGAUUCAUCGAGCAAUGCCGGACUUGUCUCUCCGCCAGAGGACGUGGAUCUGAAGGACCUGGUUGACCGCAUCGCCAGGCAGGUGGCCGAGGGUGGGGACGCGGUGGAGGCGGUACUUCUUAGCACCUACCGGGACAUACCAAAGUACAGGUUCAUGCACGAUAAGAGCAGCCCAGCCCAUGGAUACUACAAGACCAAACUAGCAGUCUUUCGUCUUGCAGCAAAGGCUUCAAUUUCAUAUGCGCCACCAGCACCUUCAGCACCGCCGGCGGCCCCCAUGUCAGCUGCAGCGGCCGCAGCAGCAGCGGCAGCAGCAUCCAUCUCCCAGCAGCUUGGGUACGUGCCCCCCUCCUUCUCCUCGGGGGCUGAGGCUCCACCGGUGAAGAAGAAGAGGAGUCGAUGGGGCGAGACAGCAGCAGCGGAAGAGGCACCGCCCGUGAAGCAGAUGGCCCUGCUGAAGCCGGUCAACCCCGUGGGGAUGAUCGGGACGACGGAGCUGAGCGACGAUCAACAGAGACAGCUCAUGGAACAGCAAGAGAUGCAAAUGUUGUAUGAGAUGGUAAUCAAAACCCAGAAGCGGGAGGCGGAGCUGAUGAUGGAGAAGAAAGGCAAGGAUCCCAACAGGAAAUACGAGUACGACAGUGAUGAGGACAUUGAUGGAGGAACCUGGGAGCACAAGGCCAGGGCCAAAGAGAUGGAGGACACCCGCAAGAAGGCAGAGUUAUUGACAGGUAUGAAUCGAGGGAAACAUUUCAUCGGUGACUUCCUGCCUCCCGAAGAACUGGAGAAGUUCAUGGAAACCCUACAUGCCCUCCAAGAAGGCCGAACGCCGGACUACUCCGAGUACAAAGAGUUCAAGAUACAAGCAGACAAUAUUGGAUUUCAGAUGUUACAGAAGCUUGGCUGGAGUGAAGGAGAAGGGUUAGGGCCUGAGAAGCAGGGUAUUACAGCUCCUGUAAGGAGGGGAGAUCGAGUGGUCGAUGGAGUGGGCUUCGGCGUGGAACGGCCAGAGAAACUCAGCAGAGAUGAUGCUAGCGAUGAAUACACUGCCUUCAGGAAAAGAAUGAUGCUUGCAUACCGCUUCAGACCAAAUCCUCUGAACAAUCCAAGAAGACCAUACUACUGAGUGCGUGGACAAGAUCUCUUCAAGUCUAUCAGGGGCCCAUUUCACAAAACUUGCCAGUUAGGAAUGACCAGUUUUUGUUAUAUAAAAGCUAGUGAAAUCCUUGAUUCUGGUUGUUAUCAGCAGAUUUUUCAUUGAAGAAAGGCUUUGUGAAACGAGUCCCUGGUGUUUAUUCCAAUACUACAUAAACAAUGGUUGCAAGUAGGGCAUUGUAUGAGCUAACACAUUAGGAAAUUUCUCAAGUGCAUUAAAGUUUUACCAAGGUACAAAGCAGUGCUCAAAAUGCAUGUGUCCAAUAGGGCAGUGAAAUAUGUCCAUGUAUGUAUAUUUUGGUUCAGUUAAGUCAAGGAAGAUUUGUAUUUCAGCAAGUCCCAAGUGGCCAGCAAGAAUUAUGUAAAGAGGAUGCGUUAUUUAUAACAUGCUGUGAAUUUUUCAUUAAAGAGAUGCUCUUUAAUGUCUGAUGUAGGAUACAAUAAGACGUUUUCUUAAAAUAGUAAAACCUUGUGAUUUCUUUAGUAUAUAUUUUAAAAUGUAACAGCUUAAAUAACACCAAGUAAGUUCCAAUUAUAUUUUGGACAUCCUUAGAUUAUACCUGUGCUGUAAACUUGUAAAGUUGCAUCUUCCUAUCGAACAAAAUGUGUCAAAAGCUUUUCAGUUUAUAACUGUUAUUUCUAAAUCAUGAAUAUUUCAUACUGUACAAAUCUGAAAGAAAAUCUGAAAGAAAUCAUGAUCAUUUUCUAUCAAUAAGUAAGUCACAAAAUCUACCAAAACAUGUCCACAAGUCUGUAAUGAAUAGAUAUUUGGGUUGGUUUUCAUUGUGAUUUUAAACUUCAUCAGGAGGACAAAUUGUUAUAGCACGAUGUCUGUCCGGGAAAAACAUGUACCAAUAAUAAUAUUGCGUUGAGGACUUUUAUCAGGUUUUCUUUUUCUCUUUUUUUCUUUUUUCAAGUUGUUUAUAUUCACUAUUAUCCCUUUCAAUAGCACAGAAAUUAAUUCAUUAUUUAUUCACACGUGGGCUCCCCCCUGAAUAAAAAUGAUACUUAUGUGU